UUGUGGAAGCGCGUGCGUGGCUUCGUGCGGGGCCCUUUCCUGGGGGCUUCCCCCUCUCCCUCGGCUCUCUAAGUGCGCCUGCGCCGAGCAGAGCCUCACUGACAGCCGCCGCCGUCCUCCUCGAGGGAAGCCCCGCCCCAACCGCCUCGGCCUUGCCUUUCAGGCGCAUCGAGGCAGGCGGGUGAUGCGGCGGCCGAGCGGCCCGGCGUGAGGAAGGAGCGGCGUCGGCGGUCCUGGCGCGGCGCCAUGUGGCGGGGCCCGGAGCGGCCUGGCGGGAGCACGAGACCGAGACCGAGCGCGAUCGUCGCCGGGCCCGGCAGCGGCGGGUCCUCCCUCGAGUGAGAGCCGCGCCGUCGCCGUCUUCCUCGCCGUCGUCGCGGUCGGGAGCGCGGAGAGCCCGUCAAGCCCGGCCAUGGCCGCCGCCGCGUCCUCCUCGUCGUCGUCGCCGCCUCCGCCCUCCCCUUCGGCUCGCCAGCAGCUGCUGCAGCGGCGCCGGCGGAGCACCGAGGUGAGCUGCGACUCGAGCGGCGACAGCGGCAGCGUCACGGUGCGGAUCCACGGCGUCCGCGGGCCCCCGCCUCAGCAGCCCCGGCCGGAGCCCCUCGGGCCGGGCAAGGCCAGCGUCUCGUCCAGCGGCAGCAGCUCGGGGGACUCGGGGGCGCGGGCGCGGGAGGCGGCGCCGGUGGCGCCCGGAGGAGGAAGCAGCGGACGGCGAGGCGGCCUGGGCAGGAAGAGAGGCCGGGGCACGGGCGGCGGCGGGGGCUUCGGGCUGGGGCUGGGCCUGGGCCUGGGCUCCCGGCGCAAGGUGACGCGGCUGCCGCAGCUCUUUGAGCGCGCUUCGCCCAAAUGGUGGAACCCCAAGUUCGACUCGAGCAACCUGGAGGAGGCCUGCCUGGAGCACUGCUUCCCGCGGACGCGGCGCCUCUUCCGCUACGCGCUCUCCUACUUGGGCGCCGCGGGGCUGCUGUGGGGCGGCUACUUGGCGCUGCGGCUGCGCCCCAGAGGGGGCGGGCGGCUGGCGCCGUUCGUGGCCUCUGCCGUGGCCUUCGUGGCCGCCUGCCUGGCCUUCUUCCUCUUCACCUUCACGCGCGCCUACGGCCGCCACCCGGUACGCACUUCGCUGACCCUCACGGGGCUCGUCUUCGCCCUCACGCUGGCGCCGCAGUUCCAGGCGCUGGGGGCCCCGGCGGCGGAGGCGGCGAACGGGAACGCCUCUGCCUCCCCCUCGGGCCCCUGCUUGUCGCAGGUGGGGAGCUUCUCCAUGUGCAUCGAGGCGCUCCUGCUGCUGUACACCGUCAUGCACCUGCCGCUCUACCUGAGCCUUUUGCUGGGUCUUUCCUACUCGGUCCUCUUCGAAACUGUGGGCUACUACUUCCGCGAGGAGAGCUGCUUUGCACCCUUCGGGGAUCGCCUUGUCUCUUGGGACCUGCUCAGCAAAGCCCUGCUCCACGUGUGCAUCCACGCCACAGGCAUCCACUUGUUCAUCAUGUCGGAAGUCAGAUCCAGGAGCACCUUCCUGAAAGCGGGGCAGUCGAUCAUGCAUGGCAAAGAUCUGGAAGUGGAAAAGGCCCUCAAGGAGCGGAUGAUCCAUUCAGUCAUGCCCAGGAUCAUUGCUGACGACUUGAUGAAGCAAGGGGAUGAUGAAAGUGAGAACUCUGUGAAGCGUCACUCUACCUCCAGCCCAAAAAACAAAAAGAAAAAGCCUUCCAUACAGAAAACCCCCAUCAUAUUUCGUCCUUUUAAAAUGCAGCAGAUAGAACCAGUCAGUAUUUUGUUUGCGGAUAUUGUUGGCUUCACAAAAAUGAGCGCCAAUAAAUCUGCACAUGCUCUCGUGGGGCUCUUGAACGAUCUCUUUGGUCGCUUUGACCGCCUGUGCGAGGACACAAAAUGUGAGAAGAUAAGCACCUUGGGGGACUGUUACUACUGCGUGGCAGGGUGCCCUGAGCCCCGGGAGGAUCAUGCUUAUUGCUGCAUUGAGAUGGGGUUGGGCAUGAUUAAAGCCAUUGAACAGUUUUGUCAAGAGAAGAAAGAGAUGGUGAACAUGCGGGUUGGCGUCCACACUGGGACUGUCCUGUGUGGCAUUCUGGGAAUGAGGAGGUUCAAGUUUGAUGUGUGGUCCAAUGAUGUCAACUUGGCCAACCUAAUGGAGCAACUGGGCGUGGCUGGGAAGGUCCAUAUUUCGGAAGCAACUGCAAAAUACUUGGAUGACCGCUAUGAAAUGGAGGAUGGGAAUGUGACUGAGCGCGUUGGCCAGAGUGUGGUAGUCGAUCAGCUUAAAGGUUUGAAAACAUACCUGAUACCUGGUUUGAAAGUGAAGGAGCCCCACUGCAGCUGCUCACAGAUGCUGCUUGCCGGUCUAGAAGCAGGAGACAGAAGCAAGUUACAGGGAACCUCAUCAGCAGAGAAUGUUGGCAACUUAGCAAAAGGUUUCAGACAAUUGGAAAAAAACAAGACAUGCCUUUCAUGCAACAUCACAUUUGUACCUGCCUGUGCUCCAAGUAUAGAGGAAGGAGCUAUACAAAAUGGUUGUCAAGAUGAACAUAAGAAUAGCAGAAAGAGCCUUGGAGGAUGCAGCCCAAAGUCCCAGAAUGGACUUUUAAGUCCUCCGCAAGAGGAGAAGCUGAGCAACAGCCAAACAUCCCUUUAUGAAAUGUUGCAGGAGAAAGGAAGAUGGGUAGGCGUGAGCUUGGAUCAGUCGGCUCUUCUGCCAUUGCGGUUCAAAAACAUCAGGGAGAAAACUGAUGCUCACUUUGUUGAUGUGAUAAAAGAAGACAGCUUGAUGAAAGACUAUUUUUUUAACCCACCUAUUAACAAUCUGAGCCUGAACUUCCUGGAUCAGGAUUUGGAGAUGUCCUAUAGGAGCAGUUAUCAAGAAGAGGUCAUAAGAAACACGCCCGUGAAGACAUUUGCCAGUGCUAGCUUUAGUUCACUUCUGGAUGUGCUACUGUCCACAACAGUCUUCCUCAUCCUCUCUGUCACCUGCUUCCUGAAACAUGGGAUGGAUGCCUCCCCUCCUCCGCCGGCAGCAGUGGUUGUGGUGGUCAUUGCCAUCCUUCUAGAGGUGCUGUCUCUUACAGUCUCCAUUAGAAUGGUGUUCUUCUUGGAGGAUGUGAUGGCUUGUACUAAGCGGCUGUUAGAAGCGAUUGCCGGCUGGCUGCCACGACACUUCAUUGGUGCCAUUUUGAUCUCCCUUCCUGCAGUGGCAGUCUUCUCUCACUUCACCUCAGAAUUUGAAACAAACAUUUAUUAUACCAUGUUUAUGUGUUCCGCAAUUCUCAUCACUAUUGUCCAGUACUGUAACUUCUGCCAACUCAGCUUCUGGAUGAGGUCAUCUUUGGCCACUCUUGUUGGAGGAGUCUUACUAGUUUUGCUCUAUGUGUCUCCGUGUCCUGACAGCAGUGUGGAGGAAUCACAUCUUUAUUCAGUAAAGAACAUCAGCUUCAUGGAAAUCUUCACCUCUGUGCAAAACAUCAGCUCUAGAGAAAUCUCCCAUCUUCAGUUGGCACACAACUACAGCUCUGUGAAGAAUCCAUGCUAUAGAUCAACACUGGAUGACUACCAGAGGCCAGCAGACCUUAUUUGCCAUGAAGUGUUUCUGGGUUUCAUCCUCUUGCUCCUUUUGGUUUGGUUCUUAAAUCGUGAGUUUGAAGUGAAUUAUCGUCUCCAUUACCAUGGAGACGUGGAAGCUGACCUUCACCGCACCAAGAUCCAGAGCAUGAGAGACCAGGCUGACUGGCUGCUGCGAAAUAUUAUUCCAUACCAUGUAGCAGAGCAGUUGAAAGUAUCACAGAGCUACUCUAAAAACCAUGACAGUGGUGGUGUGAUCUUUGCCAGUAUUGUAAACUUCAGUGAGUUCUACGAGGAGAACUAUGAAGGCGGCAAGGAGUGUUACAGAGUCCUGAAUGAACUGAUUGGGGACUUUGAUGAGUUGCUGAGCAAGCCUGAUUAUAGCAGCAUUGAGAAAAUCAAAACCAUUGGGGCCACGUACAUGGCUGCUUCUGGGCUGAACACUUCCCAGUGCCAGGACAGCAACAACCCCCAUAGCCACUUGCAAACCCUCUUCGAAUUUGCCAAAGAAAUGAUGCGAGUGGUCGAUGAUUUCAACAACAACAUGCUGUGGUUCAAUUUCAAGCUGCGAAUUGGCUUUAACCACGGCCCCCUGACUGCUGGGGUCAUUGGCACCACAAAGCUCUUGUAUGAUAUCUGGGGUGACACUGUGAACAUAGCCAGCAGAAUGGACACGACAGGAGUGGAAUGUCGCAUACAGGUGAGUGAAGAGAGCUACCGCAUACUUAACAAAAUGGGGUAUGAUUUUGAUUAUAGGGGGACAGUCAAUGUGAAGGGCAAAGGUCAGAUGAAGACCUUCCUUUACCCCAAGUGCAUGGACAAUGGGAUAGUCCCCCACCACCAGUUAUCUAUAUCUCCAGACAUACGUGUUCAAGUGGAUGGCAGCAUCGGGCGGUCUCCAACUGAUGAGAUCACCAACCUGGUGCCUUCUGUACAGAAUUCAGACAAGAUGCCCCGUGUAUCAGUCCCUAACUCAGAGCUCAAGGAUGGGCUGUCAUGCUUUAAGAAGCUCCCAAAAGAUUUAGUAGAAUCAGAUGACCGGCGUAGGUUUGGUAAACCCAUUGAGAAAAACGACUGUGAGUCAGUAGGUCCUGAUGAGACCAAUGAACUGACUAAGCUGAAUAACUCAAGGAGCGUAUGAUACCCUGAAGAGCUAUGUGGUGUGCUCUGUCAACAAGAACACAGAUUUUCUCGGCUGGCUGUGUUCUCCUGGUGGAGGGGGCAGAAGAGAGAGUGGCUGAAUGGCUGUGUUGUCUGAUUCCAUUUUGAUGACUGAAUCUCACAGCUACGCUAGGGCUUUUGUGCCUCUCUCACUCCCCAGCUCCCCUAGAAACAGUCUUUCAGCUGAGAGGAGACACCAAGUGCCUUCAGAUAGACUCUGCUGGACUACUUGUCUAUGUACAGAGGCACAAAGUUGAUUGUAGGUUGGGGAUCUGAACAUGUUCAAAAGAUAAGCUGUGGUUAUAUCAAUUUUAUUGUUUCUCACCGGCACUACUAUUUUGUUUUUGUUUUGGCUAUUGCAGCUCCUCGAAAAAAUAUAUAUGUUAAGCCUUUUGUAUUUAAACACAGACAAAUGCACAUUUAUCUACCUUCUGUGACUGACACACAGAGCCAGUAAAAGGAGAUAUCCUGAGGUAAGAGGGGAUAGCCUCCUGGAAGGCUGGCAUUAUGGGAAGAGAAAGAAGCUUUGCUUUGUAGCUCAGCACUUGUCUGAGGUGAUAGUUGAACUGCUCUGUUUGUCAUAAUCGGACUCAGGUGCCAUUGUGUGUUCUGAGACAUGAGGCUUGCCAUUUACCCAACAGUCCUGUGCUCUGUGAGGAUUGGGGCCGACUGGUGUUCAGAAGCAAAAGCGGAGCCAAUCUUGGCCUCAGGUGUUCCACUUAUGACCUCUGGCAGGAGGGACUUCUGAGCUUUCCGGUGAAACUUUUUUUUAAAUCUAGUCAGGCCUAAGAGAGAUAACUAAUACGUGAUUAGUGACUGUCUCUCUUCCUUUUACCCUUCCUGCCAAUUAUUCUGUAUUUGUGGAGGCAAUAGUGAUUGUAAGGAUUGUGACUGGCGUAAUUCAAAUGCCAAUUUAGCAUGUCUGCAUACUCAGCCCAGCCUUUCCUUAAGCAGAGUUGGUGCAAAAGGUGACCAGAGCUCCUACUACCAAGCAUGACUGACCUAGGCAAGACUGGGGUGUGUCUCUUGCCUUGACUCCACGUGUCCUUAGUGGAAGUCAGAGUGACAAAUCAGGUCAGGGCUGAAAAGCACAAGCAGAGCAAGACCGUGAGCCUGAAGCCCUUUGUGGGGUGGAUUCAGUCACAGGGAACUGUGUUUGACAAGGAUAUUUUUGCUUUUUCACUCCUGUUUUAUUACUGAAUGAAUGGUGCAUACCAAACAGGGUUGUCUCUAGUAUAGCCAAUUUUUGUGACCCACCUAAAGAUGUCUCAUCCAACCCUAAGUCUGUCACAUAAAUACACACGAGGAAUAGAACGGGGACUGUUCUACACUUUUGCAAGUUGAAAGGGGUUAAAGUACUUUAGGUUUGAGUUAACUUAGGUGGUAUAAGAGCACUUUCUCUUGCACUUUCUUUACUGCAACCUAAAUUGGUCCAGUCAAAAGGGAGCAUUCAUCUCAGAUGUUCUGACCACUAUGACCAUUCAUCAACUGGUUACUUCUAUUGUUUUAUCAUGCUAAUCUUCUUUAAAACUAUAGCCAGAAUGUCUGUUUCUUUUUGCUCAAAUAUUAUCGGCAUCCCUUGAAUUUAUCAUCAUAAAGGGGCUUUCAUUUGAUAGCACAUAAGGCCUCUUCUGUUCCGCAUGCUGUCUUCUGUAACACAUUUCUGACACCUAUACUGAAUAGUCUUGUAAUAUGUGAAUCUUUAGAGAAAAGCUUUUGGUAAUACUUCAGGUGCGGUUGGGUUUAACCAAAAUGGGGAUAGUGAAUUUCCAGCACAGGCCUCGGUGACACAGACACCCAGGAUGGGGCUCCAUCUUUUAUUACGAGGACAGAGUCACAUGACUCUCAAUAUGUAGUUAAAAAAAGUUCAGUCUUAGUUUCUUCAAUCCCAAGUACUGUACUAGCCUCCACUGUGGCCGCUGCCAUCUGAAGCACAUUUACUAACUAGUAAUUGCCAUGUGGACAUAAUUCUGAAUAAAGACAUGUAGGAGUAGGCUGUUCUGAAUUUUGUUUGUUUGUCCCUGCCCCCUUCCUCAGUUGGACUUUCCAGAAGAUUGGUGUCACUUUGCAAAUAUCUCUUGCAUCAGCCUAAUGAGAAAGUAACCUCUGAGGGUAAUUGUCAAGAUUCUGGUUUUGGUUGCUUGUGAAGUAUGAACUGCUGUUUUCCCCACGGCUGAACUUACCAAGCUAUUGCCAAGCCAUCAGCAGCGUACUGAGCAGAGAUGGCAUUAAACGUUUCUCUUUGGACCGUUUUAAGGUUGCUGAUAAGAGCCAACAGUGAUAAGGGCACAUGGUGGAUCUGGCACGGAGAGCACUAGAGGCUGUGGGCCAGCCCUCUUAAUUAGUAACUGUCUCUCUCUGUUUUAAGAAUUGUUGGCAGUUUCUAGAUUUCUAAACCACAAGGAAUUUGCUUAAUUAAAAAAAAAAGCAGCAGCGGCAUGGGAGAAUAUUACUGAGACCAGCUCUGUCCAGUGUCCAAUUGCUUAAAUUGUUGGAAUCUUAUUUUGUUCUUUCUGAGGGAAAGUGCUUGUAGCCCGUGGUCUGGGGGCACGGGAGUAGCUUGUUCUUUUUCUGGCAAUACUUUAUUCUUAGAAAAGCAUGCGUGUGAAAAGCUUGUUCUCGGUCAGUGGAGCAUACAGGCAAGAGUUAGCUCCUGGAGAUAGGAUGACAAACACUUUUGGGGGGAAAAAUCUUAGUGGCCAGCUGGAAGGGGAAGUACCCUCCUUCUAACUUCCAGUCUUGACUCUGUGUCCAGCGAGUUAACAGCAUCUUCAUUUUGUUCCUGUGUCUCUAAGGGAUACAGGGGCAAAAUUCCUUCUCAUCUUUUCAAAUGAAGCAGCUUCCUUCUCUUUUUACUCUUGCCUGUCAUUAAUUCGCUAGAAGAAGUGGGAAGGGAGGAGGAGAUCUGCUUGGUGCCCAGAGGCACUUGGACGUGGAGGCAGGUGGGAUUGGUCCCAGGCCCUUCCUGUGGUUCACCCCAGUGCUCUUUUCACCAGAAUUGCUGGGGUCAUUGGGGAAAGUGGGGAUUGGCCCCUUGCCCUCUGGACUUCAGACCACUCAACAAAGAUUUGAGGUGCCGUGCCUCCUCUUUGAGUGGUAGCCACGUUGCUGUGCCAGGCUUGUUUUGGAGGGGCCUUGGGCAAGCGCAAGAGUCGUGCCUCCAGCUCCGAGGCCCUCAGCCGCCAGUAAUCCGUCCCUCAGUGUGGAUUCCCCGAGGGAGGGCAGCUGCCUUCCAUCCACUUCCUCUUGGGAUCAGGGUGGGAGGAAGGAGUGGGAACUCUCAGAGGGUGAUUCCCUGUCUUCCACAUGCCUAACAGGCUUUAUUCUGGACUUGUACCCAAUCCUUGUCUCAGAAGCCCAUGGCCUCCCUACAGCAGGACACCCCCCCCAAGGCUGGGACCAUCAGAUUUUUUUUCCAGAUCCAGGGGAGCAACACAUCACCAUUCCACUUCCAACACUUUUCAGGGACAUUGUGAGAGAGGAAUAGGAACAUCCGCCCAAGCCCAGGGCCCCUCACUCAUCCAGCAACCUCUUUGGCUUACCUACCGCUGUAAUGGAUAGCUUCAAGGCCCAGCCCAUGAUGAGCCAAUAUGUGCCCUAAGGGCUGUUCCGGGGGGGGGGAUGCUCACUGACCAGAGUGACAGAGGCAGUGAUGUAGCUUUAACAUGUCCCUGUGAAGCUUCAGGCCUGUCCAUGAGGUCCUCUGCAGCUAAUGUCUUCUUAGCCUGGGCUGCGGUUAAAUGGGCCAGGGAACUUACAAUGGGCCCCCUGGAGGCAAAACAAGUCAGGGAGGAGACUGAACAAGCUGGCCGAAACAGCUGAGUUCCUGGCAGACUCCUCUAUAGAUAGCCUUCAGUCGUCAGCCAGCUCCCUGUGCUACUCUGUGGCAGUAAGACUCAAUAUGUGGCUCAAGCAGUGGGAAGUAGAUCCCGCACUCCAAAGCCAGCCUAUCUGUUCUUCCAUACUCGGGGGGGGGGCAACUCUUGGGCAAGUCCUUAGACCAUCACCUAGUGGAAACCAAGGACAAGAAGGCUUUGCCUUUCAUACUCAAAAAGGAUGGCAGCAAGCCCUGCAAGAAGUCUUCUCUGUCCUUUCAACCAAGAGGGUACCAUUCUACCUACAGCACCACAUACCAGCUUUGUGGUUCCUGGAAUUCAUCACAGAACUCAUCACACCAACAGACAUGGAUACAGAAAUAGUAACAUCUCAGCAUCUCUUGGUGUGAAGACAUGGGUGCUCAAAAUCAAGGUUAUCCAAUCCAGAGACAAUGCCACAUUGUCUGCUACUAUCUAGCAUCUCAUUGGGUUCUCAUGUACCUCCCCAAAAAGUUUGGUUUUUUUUUGGCCAGGCAAAAGAUGUAAAUGCAGGUAUCUGGGAGCUCUCUAGUGCUUGCCUGCCACCUGGGCGCAAAGGAUUGUUGCCUGUAUCCGGGGCCUCCAUGUGGGCAGGGGCGGGGAACCUGUGGGGCCCUUCAGCUGUUGCUAGAUUCCAUGUCCCAUCAUGCCUGCCCAUUGGCCAUGACUGAUGGAGCCCCAGCAACAUCGAGGGGGGGGCAGGUUCCUCAUGCCAUGCCUAAAAUUAUAGCAAUAAACAGGAGUGCUACACUGGUAGCAAUAAGAUGAAAUGAAAUUCCUGAAGACUAGAGGCGAAUGUUGCAUGUGGGCAGGAAGAAAUGUAUACACAAACCUGAUGUGGGUAACUAAACGGUGAGGUAGCAAGUAAUGAGAUGCAAAGGAGGUAGCUACUCUGUGGACUGAACAUGAGCCAGGGAUGCGGCUGGGAUCAUUUGGGGUUAUAUCAGCAGCAGCCUUAUUUCCAGGGCUCUGGAGCUAAUAAUGCCAAUUGACUUGGCACUGAAAGGGCUGCAUUCAUUAGAAACAGAUACUUACUGAGUAGGGAUGGGAGGUAGCAUGAGGGCGGAAGUAGUUGUUGAAGGGGAGGGGGGCAAGGAGGCCAGGUUUUCUGUCUUGCACAAGGCUGUCUUCCACUGCCAACUCUUCAUCAACAAAGUUUUAGGAUAGACAAGAAAAUGCCCCAAAGCAAACAAGCUCUGUUUUCCUGUUGUGCCGAAGGCCUUAAAGUAGUAAAGAAGAUGUUUAAAAUUUAAUCACCUGCCUCCGUUUAGGCCUGCCUCAAUCCCACAAACUAAUGACGUGAAGUACCUUUAAUGUCUGGGAAGAAUGUUUAGGAUGCCUUUACUUUCCCUCCUUUCCCCUGCAUGUGCACCCACGUGGAUGCUCUUGGCUACUCCAACAACAACAACUCUUUCCCCUGUUGUCACCUGAGGUUUGUUGUCAGUUGGCUUUCUAAUAGAGCAUGAUUAAGACUGAAAACGAUGGCUCCUCUUCCACAACACAGGCAAGCAUACUUUUCCAUUGCUAAAGGGAUAUCUAUGAGGAUUGGGGAUGUGUAAGAUGGAGGAAAUGUCACCUGUGGGGCUUGGGCCACUCUUAGCAGCCUUUCCUCUUUGUACACUGCCCUGCAGUCUUCAGUAGUCAAGGCAAUGGCAAUGCUGAUGGAGUGUAUAACAAAAACCUUCUAUUUCUCAUGAGCUGAAAGGCAGCCACCGGGAGUGUCUGCAUGUUCCCAUAGAGGCAUUCUUGGUGCAUAUCCCAUCUCAGUUUAGAGUGGCAGGCACAUGAGCAGUUCUUGUUGGCCUGACAUGAAGGCAGGCCUGGUUGGAGUGUGACAAAGCUCUUUGCUGCCUCUUUACUGGUGCCAUUUUUUUGUCCUAAUAUUUGUAUCUGCAAUUUGAGGGGCCCCUUUACCUAGGGAGAAACAUUAUAGCAGAAGGCUUUUCUUUUAGGUGCUUCCUGGCACUCUGAGGCAAUUGGUACUGCUCUUAGAAACAGGUCUAUGACUGGUGAAUCUUGUGUGUUAGUAAUGGUUGAUUUAUGCCCCACAGCGGCACCACUGCCUUCCUCUGCACAACUCGAGUUGUGCUAUCCCCGUGCCAGUCUGGCGCAGCGUCCUGCUUCUGCCGUAGCCAUAGCCAAACUUGACUUCCUAAAAAUAUUGCAGUAGUGUAAACCAAGGGCUCCAAACUAUUCUUUGGGACAUUCGCUUUAAAGUUUUAGCCUCAAAGUAAUAAGGAAGAACAGAAGUAAUAAAAAGCCCAAAGCCUUAACAAGCUGGGUGCAGGGAGCCCAAAUGCAACAGACACAGUUGCAGGCUCAAUAAGUCGACUCCCCCCCCCCCUGUUUACUGUAAAGGAUGCCUAUUCGCUACAUGCUGAAGGCUUGGUCAGAGUUCUGGAGUCACUGAGGUUGUACCCUUCAGUUAUUGCCAUUAAGGGGGAGCAUGGCCCUUCUCAGGACUGGAUGUUUUAAAGCCAACUCCAUCUUUUGAUGGCAAUACCAUAUAAAAUCUCUCACUGGCUUGGGCUUUGCAUACUUGAAGGGCCGCUUUAAAAUAAUCACUGAGCAGGACAGGGCAAAGGCCUCUGCCUUGAUGGGUCAACAGUUGGCCUGGGAGGCAGCCACCCCAUACCCAUUGCUACCUUCCUGGCUGACCCAAAGUAACCCAUUUGGUUUUUAUAUAUGCCCUAGUCAUCAGUGGGGGGCGGGGUCAGGGAGUCUUCGUGGUUGACCCUUUGGAGCUUGGCUCUCCCUUGAAGAAGGCUCAUACAAGUGGAGAAUGAGCAUUGGCUGCAAACCAUCCAAGAAGAGUCAUUCUGGUGUUCUUCACCACUAUCUACAGGGUUAUUUUACACUUAUAUGGUUGUAUUUAUAAUGUUACUUAGUUUUUAAAUACUGUUAGUGGCCCUGAACGUUAGCAUUGUGUUAAAUAAACUGCUAUUUCCUGGGGGGUGGGGUGGAGGGUGCCAGCCUUUAGGCAGCCUAUGCAACACUUCAGUAUUUGAUAUGCAUGAGCCUUUCCUGUUUUUCAUCACUUUAACUUGGUGUGCUGAGAAACUAGGAAGAGGUAAAAGAUGAAAUCAACUUGAAACUUGUUUCAUUUUGUAAAAACAGUAUUUUUCUUCAGGUGCCUAUCAGCUGUUGGUCCGCCAUUAAGACAGGCUUUCCUGGAAAAUUGCCUCCGUACAGUAUUGGUGUUGAUGAAUAAAUGCCCCUUAAUUGAUGAGUGUGAGCUGAAAAUAAUCCCUCUUUUUCUGUGUUCGCUGCACUAGUUGACACUGUUUUGUUUGUCCUCCCCGGGGAAAAGAGGAGCGUGAGGCAAAGGCUUCCCCAAGUUAUGUUUUUGUUUGCUGGGGGUGGGGAAGGUGGUGUUUCACUACAGUAGCUUAAUUGUAAAUAGUCUGCAUAUGUCUGGCUCUGAACACACAAAUGAAAAACUGUGUUAAAUACUGUAUGUAUAUAGAAGGUAACUAUACACAUUCUCUUUGACUUGUUACUGCAGAUCUGUAAUCAAUUGUAUAUUAAACUGUUUUCCUGUACUGGA